ACAACUGAAGAAGGAGUAAACAUGGCAGGAGAGAAAUCAGCUUUUGAGCAACCUUUUUCUUUUAGUCCUCUUCCCUCCAAGAAGUUCUCUUUCCUAAAGGACAAAGACACGUCCACACUGUUAAUGAAAUGGUCCAUGCUGGGGAGGAUUUCAGCUCAGUCUUACAGCUUUGACCAGAACUUUUACCCUUAUAACAGUGAAAAGUUUGCACUGUGUUUCUUCAGAGACCCUGAUGUGGUAUCCAGUCUGAAAAAGAUGGAGGCCGGAGUCUGGGUGCCUCUUGACAAGCCAGUGGUGGCUGUCGAUGUGGAGGUGGUGCCGUGCACUAAAGUCUCCAUGGAGCUGUUUGAUCCAAUCUAUUCUUGCGGCAUCCUGAGGCCCUCUGGACAUGUAGUUAAAUGCUUUCAUGAUGUGUACCCCGACUAUGAUGAACUCAGACAGAUGCUGCAGGAAGAGGACUCUGAGCACUAUUACAUGGUUGGGAGAGAGGAGCGAGGAGAGUUUCUGUUUCGCCUUUUCAAGCACCUGUGUCUUGGAGGGGAGCUCUGUCAGUAUGAAGACACCAUUGAUCCAUACAUCAGCACCACAAAGCAAGUGUACAAGGAUUUGAUCAGUGUUCAGAAGAAUCCUGACACAAAGAAGAUCAGUGUUGUCUCCACAGUGCUUAAUGUCAGUGCUCAUGAUGAGUCAGGACGAUGUUACCCCGGGAGACGAGAGGAGGAGCAGACGUUUGCCUAUUUGAUUGUCGACCCCUUCAAACGACACGUUACUUUGUUCCACCACUUCUACGGUGUUGGAAACUUCACAUUGUGA